AUGUCGGAAACAGCCCUGGCAAUGACACAAGCUACAGAGCACACACAGAGUAUUUACAAAGGGGUCAACGACACGAGCCCGAUAAAGGAGAAGAACGCAGAGUUGUUGAGCGACGAUGUGGCCCAUCUAGUGAUGCAGGUUCUCAUGUUUUAUGCCACGCCCACCAUCUCUGUCCUCGGCAUCACGGGCAACGUCUUCAGCAUGAUCAUCCUCCUGAAACACGGACUCCACAAGUGCUCCAACAUCCUCCUCUUCUGUCUCGCCGUGAGCGACACCACCUUCCUCGUGGCUUUCAACAAUGUGCCCAAAAUUCUGAACGAAGUGACUGGAGUCCCGAUGGCCUGGGCCUACAGCAGACAAGCGGCUCAUGCUUCCUAUGUGUUUUACACCUUUUUCCACAUUGUGGACUAUGCAGUGGGGUCGAGUUCUUUGGCUAUCCCGAUGCUGAUAACGAUGGAAAGGCUUGUGGCUGUGUACUUUCCGAUGAAGUUCUCGGUGAUUGUUACUCCUUUCCGGACUUGGAGUGCGGUGGCGAUUGUGUACGCCUACUGGCUUGUGGUGUACAUUUAUUCUUCGUUUUGGUUUGAGUUCCAAUAUAAAUACGACUUGAAACUGAACAUCUCCAUGGGAAUAAUAGGACUGUCAGACCGUUAUUAUGAAGAAGUAGAAGUAAGCAAAGCGUUAGACGAAGUAAUCAGGUACCUUACUCUGAAAAUCCCACCGUGUUUUACCCUCGUUGGGUGUAUUCUUAUCUCUGUGAAAAUCAAACUAGCGUCUGUCAAACGACAAAAAAUGACGUCAGCUGGAGCAGCGAAGGACGCCAAGUCGAACCGCACGAGCAAGAUGCUCCUAGCUGUGUGUACUAUGUACACAGUCACCUGCGGAAUCCUCACCCUGCCCACCUAUCUACCUCAGUACGGCUACUACACCAUGACAGGCGACGCCCCCAACAACGUUGGCAAAAUCGGCUACCAGGUCGUCAACAUGGUCCUCUGCAUAAACGGUUCCUGUAAUUUCAUCGUGUAUGUUGGCAUGAACAAGAAUUUCAGGGACACCUGGAAGUCAUUGUUCACGCGUUGCCGUUUCAAGAGGAAACCCGCUCCGCAUUCUCAAAAGGGACAAGCCCAAAAACGUUUUGAGUUUAAGAAUUGA